AUGGUAUCACUAGCAUUACCCACGAUCAGUAACGGUCAGGCUUUAAAUACUGACAUCUUAACGGAGGACUUGCAAUUCGAACAGUAUACAAAAAAUCAACAGUGGAAUCUAUUAUCAAAGAGCCUUGAAAUUUAUUUCCUAUGGCUUCUUACUAUGAUGGUAAUUUACGCUCUGACGCUUGCUGCACUCUUGUACAUUAGAGGUACUAAGCAUAAUCAAGAAGUCGCUAACGGAAAAGGAAGUGGAAAUGAACAGAAAAGUGGCAAUACUGUCGUUAGCAUAAAUGACAAGGACCUGUAUCCAAUUCUGAACCUUGCUGGUGAUCAAUCGAGUUUUUAUUUGAAAUACCUAGAUGUGGAUCAGAUUCCUAAAUCAAAAAACCAAGAUUUGAGGAGAACGAAAAACACAAACGAUGGGGAGGAAGUGCUGAAAGAGAUGAUAGGAGACAACUCUUAA